UUUUUGUUUCUUUUGGGUGUUUUGGGUCAUGUAAAUCUUCAUCCACCCGCGGUCUUGAUACCCAAUCUCACGUUGCUGCGGACCAUGAUCUCCGUGAUGCAGUAGCAGGUCAUCCAUAAGACCAUACCUUUGGAGGUAAUCUGGAAAAUUCUUUCUACCGACUCACUUAGGGUUCAAUGACAGUGGCAAAUUGGUUUAGCUCCGUGGAAUAUAGUUGCUCAGAGGCAGCAGACACAUGUGAAGCUAUUUUUCUAUCCUUGAAAUAGACCGUCCAUGGAAAAAAAUCUGGGGGGCAACUGACAUCCUUGAAAACUACAUGAGAAUUCCCGAUUUAUGUACAAGGAGUAGGGUCAUCAUUUGUACGUCCGGUCGAUGUGACCGGUAGACUGACUGUCUAGCAUACCUGGGGGAAACAGAAUUCUUUUUAUUUUACUUUUACUUUUAAUAAUUUGUAUAUGUAUAAAUAUGUAUAGGUAUAUAUGGGCAUAAAUAACGAGUUAUAGAAAUGGAAUAUCAACUAAUAAGAAAGUUAACUUUUCUUCAAAAUCUCGGAGUUUAAAUAUAAAAUAAUAAUUAUUCUAACUUUUGAGAAGUUCAUAAGACCGUAAGAUUAUAUUUUGAAGAACACAUGGAGAUCCACGGGAGGGAGGGGGACUUUAGGGCUGAAGCCACAUUCCCCUCCCCAAAAAAAUGGUAAAAUGUAACCACUUUUAUGAUAAAAAAUUAUCUCUUAAAGUUCGAGUAAUUACAUUUAAUAGGACUUCAAGAAUCACUUAAACAUCAUUUCAUACAGGUAGUUAGUAUUUUUCUUUUUUAUUUCAAAGUAAUUAUUCUUAUAAAUAUAUAUAUGAAAAAAAGCUUUCCGCCUGAAGCUCGCUUUACCAAAAUUAAAUCCUGGAUCCGCUAGUGCUGUAGAAUGUAUAUGUAUAAUGUUAGCUCGUCAAAUAAAUGUAAAAACGCAAGAUAAAUUUAUAUUUCAAAACGAGUAAAUUAAGAGUUUAAAAUCAAUGACCAUUCAAGCUUUAUUAGCUUUAAUUUCAGACACAAUGGAGGGAUCAGUUACUCAGGGCCAUUGGAGAACCUCUCUAGGAGAUGUCAAACUAAGUCUCAUCAUCAUUUCCAAUGAUUUUUUUUCUAGAUACUUUAAAGAAGCAAUAAACCUCGUCAUAUACAACCGGAGCAGUAAAACACUGCCAAUUAAAUUUACAUUUGUGGGUUGAUAGUUGUCUGUAUUGAAUAAUGAAGAGAAGGACGAUUGGGGUGAUCAAUCAAAAUAAAAAUGGCAAAAAUAAAUAAUAAUGUUUAUUUUAACAUUUGCCGACGUUUCGUCCCGAAGUUCAGGCCUCCGUCAGGGCUGAGAAAAGAACCAGAUAACAAUAGGUAUGAGAAACUUAAACAAUGUAGGUAAAAAAAAAAAAAACUGAAAGUAAAAUGAAGUAAAUAAGGGAACAUUAAAGUAAAAUAAAGUAGGUAGAAUAAUAAAAAUAAAUAGUAAUAACGCCUAAAAAGUGCGGACUAAGUAAACAUAAUCAAAAUCAGGUAACAUAAGAACUAAAAAUGGUAAUCUUAGAAUAAAAUGUAAAGCAGAGAGAAGAAAUAUGAAGUUAUAUAAGAAAUAAAUAUAAACAGAAAAAUUGAGAUAUUUUAAAAUUUAAAUAUACCUUUAAAUAAAUAAAAUCUAAAAAUAUAAUUACGAAUACUGUAACAUAAACAAUUAACGCAAUUUUUGGAGGAAAAUUAGUUCUUCAAGAUUUCAAUAUGAAGUAAAAAUAAGCAUUGAAAAAUGUUUAUCACGACAAGCGGGUAAAUGAGAAAUAGUGGUGGGGGACGUUUACUAGAUAGUCAGUUCUAUUCUGUCAUCGCUCCAGGUAGAUAUAAAAUAGAAAAAAUGACCAAUGAACUUCCACUUAUUGCAAUUAUAGUUGGAAUAAUUUACAUAAUGUUUAAGAAAAGCAACGUCUUCAACUAUUAUGCAAAAUUUUUGUUCUUCUUAAUCUUUUCAAUGGUAUCUGCAACUAUUUUCAUGCCAGUGAUGUUUUUGAGGCCACGUGACUACCGCAAUGCUCUAUUUCCGGCAUGGGGAGCAAGACAAGUUGCAAGGGCCUUAGGAUUGAAAUGGAAGGUACAAGGAAAGAAAAAUAUUGUACAGGAUGAAGGAACAAUAAUCCUAAUCAAUCAUCAGAGUUUUCUUGAUUUAAUAGUAUUAGCUGAGAUUUGGCCUGUAUUCGAAAGAUGUACAGUAAUAUCUAAGCGAGAAAUAUUUUACUUAUGGCCAUUUGGUUUGGCUGCUUGGUUAUGGGGGACUGUUUUCAUCAAUAGGUCAAAUAAAAAAGAUGCCCAAGAGGCAGUCAACUUAGUUGCACAUACCAUCAACACCAAAAAGGCCAAAAUUUGUAUGUUUCCUGAAGGAACAAGACAUGGUGGACCUACAUUGCUCCCUUUCAAAAAAGGUGCUUUCCACAUUGCAAUCAACUCACAGGCCCCUAUUCAACCAAUAGUGGUCACCAGAUAUAAAUUUCUAGAUCAUAAAAAAUUUCGGUUUGAUACAGGUUCUAAUGUGAUAAGCAUCCUACCUCCCAUUUCUACAACUGGCCUCAAGGUAGAUGACAUCACUAGUCUUAUUGAUAAGACUUAUGCAGCAAUGUCCAAAGAAUAUGAACAUUUAAAUAAAGAAGCAUAAUGUGAUUUUUUAUAAUAGUAGUUAAUAAUAACUAUGGAAAAACUACAACAGUCAUGUAUAAUAUUUAUUUUGUGAUAAUUUAGAUAUUAAAUUUACAAUUUUUUAAUUUAUUUAUUUAGACAAUAGUUAAAUAAAGAUUUAUAAAUUUGUAACAUUUUACUGUUAUUAGAUCAUACUUUUUAAAAUCUUUAGUAACCAUACAAAUCAAUGAGCUAAUUUUCUACUCAUUUGUUGCCAAAAACUAGAGAACUUCUAGUUAGAGGCUGAAUAACUAAAAUACUACUAUAAUGACCAGUACAAAGAAUUUUCAUUAAAAACUUGAAAAAUAUUACCUCUAUAAAGCAAUGGUUUUCUUUUUAUAUAUUUGAAAAAUUUGAAAUUAAAGUGAAAAAACAUUUACUCUGUAAAUAUAUCUAAUCCACAAAUGAAAUGCUUAGUAAUUACCCAGUUGAAUUUAGUUAAACCACCCAAACAUAAAAUAUUUUUUUUUUUUUUAGUUUAAAUACAAAAUCAGAGAGGUUAAAAGAAAAUAAAUUAUAUUAGAUCCGUAGAAAAGUCCUUGAGCAUGAACACAACCUCUAAUUCCAAUUAUCAUGAUUAAUUCGAUAAGAAUGUUUUUGUUCGAACUAUUUAUGUCAAAAAUACUAUAACGUUUUCUUUAACUAAUCAUUUGAUUCCUUGUUAUAUGAGUUGGCUUUAUGGGGUCAUUUACAUUUUUAAAACACAUUAAUCUCUGACCCAGCAGUGUCAAGAAAAAAAUGUGAUUCAUGGUCAUUUGAGACAUUACUGGAAAAAUGAUCUCAGUCACUGAAGAAAUUUAUACGAAAGUCAGUUAUCCAUAGAAAUACUGCAACACUUUGGUUCAGGUGUUUCGACAUCGAGAAUAUGAGCCUUGCAGAUGAACCCAGAUCAGAUCACCCAUUUCGUUUACAGUGAUAUUCUUCUUGAAUGUGUGAACCAGGACCUCAUGUAACUACUCAUGAUUUAUUGGUCAUAGUAGGGGCUUAUAAUGCCAUAGUUGCUCUUCAUUUUAAAAACCUAGGCGUAAAGAAUUGAAGACCUUGGUUUGACUUACAUGACUUCACAUAGGCUUGAGCCCAGCAACGAGAUGAUAUUUGCAUACUUUUGCUUAGAAAUCCGACAGAUGACAGAUUCUGGAAAAAAAUUGCCUCAAGUGACAAAAAAUGGAUAUUUUUUAAAAAUCCUAGAAAAUAUAACCGGAGGCAGGAGGUUUGCCAAGAUCGGUUUGGGGAAAAAGUGAUGUUUUGUGGUUUGGUGGAACUUCGAAGGCGUUUUGAAUUUUCAGCUUAUUCCUGAUGAUGAGGUAGUGGAUUCAAGCCUUUACUGUUAACAGCUAGACAGAGUUUGCUAAGUACCCUGCUUUGAUCAACAGGAACCAAGUCAUUUUGCUACACAAUAAUGCCCCUGCACAUCGUUCUUGUUUAAGCAAUGAAAAAUUAUAAGAACUGCAAGCCUCAUCAUUAUGUUUUGCCUCAGCCUGCAUAUAGCCCAGAUAUUGCAUCAUCGGAUUAUAGUUUGAUUAGAUCAAUGGUUCAGUUUUUAGAAGAUUCAAUCUUUGAUAAUUACGAGAAUGUAAAAAGUUCUUAGCCUCUAAACCAAAGGCGUGGUACCGGCAUCAAAUCCAAUUAAUAGCAGAAAGAAGGGUGAAAGUAGUUGAAAACAAUAGACUUAACUUUGAAGAGUAGUAUUCAAUAAUGUUUAAAAUAUGUAAUCUGAAAUAAAGCUAUACUUAUGCACAAAGAAUUUUGUAACAAUCAACAUUAUACCAUAAACAAAUUAUAAUUAUAUUACAAUAAUAUCUUGUAAUCAUCUACUGCCAUUUAAAAUUUCUUUUGCUUUCUUGAGAAAAACACAGUGAGUGCAAUUCAAUUUUAAAUAAUGAGAAAGACGCUUUAAAUUUUAUCACAAACUGAUAUUUUGUAAGAGGAUAUUAACUGUACACACCAACUUUCUGAUGUGCUAAGGGAUUAUUAUUUCAGCUGUAGUCUAUUGUUGUUAUAAAAUUUUUAUUUUGGGAUCGAACAUUUUCAGAGACCACCCCACCAUUCUUCCACACUGACCACCCCAACCAUUCUUCUCUCCAUUUUCAGGGAAAAUUUGAAUCUUGUUGCUUUUAAUUCUGGCAUUAAUCUCCCACCCUUAUUCAAAAUAAGAACAAAAUCCAGAGUUUAAUUUUUUUUUUUUUCCUGGAAUUCAUACCUCUAAAAUAACAAGCCUAUAGAAAAAAAAUGUGGUGCACGCAACCCACAACUUUCACUUACCGAUCUACUAUGAAUAGAAAUUAUUUUCUGUCAAUGCUGGGCUGUCAUAAAUUUUUUUGAAGUGCAUUUUAAACGGAGCUAAAGCUUAAAGAUUACAGAUAACAAGUCAUUAAGACCAUUAUAAUUACAAAAUGUCUAUUUAAUAUAUCAAAUAAAGGCAAUAAAAAUCUAGUCACUCCAUCUGCUUUUAUAAACCACACAACUUUGUUUGCUUAUAUAAACCUCAGAAUGACUAACUCCAAUUUCAACAUUUUUGAGUGAUGUCAUUUUAGUGAUAUUUUUAGUUGAAAAAGUUAUCUAGGCAGAAUAUGAGUAAGUUGAUUCGGGUGGUGGUGAGUGCUGUGUUGAAAUAUAGAACUGAGAAUACAGGUGUAAAUUUAGGUACUUAUUUCUUAUGAAAAAUGUUCUUAGGAAAGAUAAUAUAUUAAUUAUCUGUAGAAAAAAGGUUUUUUUAGUCUCAACAAUUAAAAAAGUAUAUUUUAAAUUUAUCCAAAUGAUAUCACCAUAAAAGUGUAUACUUUUUGAGUUAUUUGGAAUUUAAUUUAACCAUCCCUCAUAACUUUUUUCCAGCUUCUUUUCGUUGAAGUAUGUUAUAUAGAUAAAUUUAAAGGGUGUCGAGAAAGUGACUGUAGCGAAGUGUCAUUGAAAUCGGUACAUUCCUUUAGGCGCUACAGUCUAUAGCAACGCAUGUUUUUCUGCAUUUUUACUUUUUUUCUCCUCUAUUAACUUAUCAAAAGCUAUAUUUAGCAUUUUUCUGUAACUUUGAAUAAUGUGAAAUGGUUAACUUUUUAAAAUAAACCAUAUUAAAGGUACUUUAGAGGAAGACAUAUAUGAACAUUGGGCAUUUAAGCCCUGUAAAGUGACAUCAAUGGGGAUAAGACUUAAUUGAUAUUAAAGACCACUUAAUUAUACAAUGAUACAGACCAUUUUUCUGGACUUGGUCAUUUCGACUCAGGGUACUUCAAAACGUGUAUUUCCGUUGAAAACUCAGAUUCAAAAAUUUUAUUGAUCGCAAUACUUACCCUUACUAUAUAUUUCAUAUAUACAUAAGUGAAAGUAAAAAAAAUAGAACCUUUUGUGAAGAGAAUAUACUCUCAUUUAAUGUUGUAUAGUGGUUGUUUAUGGCUAAACUCAAUAUUUACUUAUAUAUUUAAGAAAAACAGUAAAAAUGAUCUUUAAAUAACUUCUUCUCUUCUUGUCUUGCCUGCCAUCGUAGAACUUUUCGUUUUUGAGCUAGACUGCCAACAUACAAACACACAGACCAUUUUUCUGAACUUGGUCAUUUCGACUCAGGGUACCUCAAAACGUGUAUUUCCGUUGAAAACUCAGAUUCAAAAAUUUUAUCGAUCGCAAUACUUACCCUUACUAUAUAUUUCAUAUAUACAUAAGUGAAAGUAAAAAAAAUAGAACCUUUUGUGAAGAGAAUAUACUCUCAUUUAAUGUUGUAUAGUGGUUGUUUAUGGCUAAACUCAAUAUUUACUUAUAUAUUUAAGAAAAAGAGUAAAAAUGAUCUUUAAAUGACUUCUCCUCUUCUUGUCUUGCCUGCCAUCAAACAAAUUAUUAUAAAUAUUUUUUAUUUGUUUUGAGAUAGUUUAUAUUAAAGAAUUCCCAAAAUAAAUAUUUGAUUAAUUAAAAAAAUGCUGUUGUUAAAAUUUAUCAUCUAAAGUGAUAUUGCUCCUAUGCUAUAUCAAUAUGGAAUAGCCAAAGCUUCCCUACAUCACACUGUUAGUGAGGAUGUCAACCUGCUAGUACUGCCAAUAGCAGUAUUAACAAUAGGACUCAACAUCAUCAGGACUGGAAGAGGGUGGCAAAAACACAUUUAAUUUUAAUUAUUUUUUCUGGGAAGUUGUCUAUUUAUUUUUAGUUAUUUGGCAAUCUUCGGAACUGAAGAUGGGAAUAAAUAUCCCGAAACGUCAACUAACUUGUUAACAUGUAACAUUGAUAAUAGAAAUAUACUCAAUUGUUACCAAUUGGAAGUUAUUAUUGCCAAAUAACUAAAAAUUUAAUUUUAAAUUUCCUCAACUCUAUCUCCAAAACUACAGCCAAUAGAAAACAAAUAUGUAAGUAUGUUUGCCAAGUUUCAAAACUUCAUAGUUUUUUUUUUCUCCUGUUUUGGCUAAUUUGACAGGACUAUUCCAUUUUAGAAGGGGCUGUGAUGGCUGAGCGUGGUAAGGCAUUGCUUGCUUUGACAUUCACUAGUAUAGUAUGGGUUUGAAUCUGAUUGAACCUGAACAGGGUUGAAAUAGAUUUUGUGGUAGAAUAACGGAAUGAAUCUCGACCUUCCCACUCUGGUUAGAAUAGAUUUGGUUGUACUUCUAGAACAGGGGUCUCAAAACUUUUUGGCAGAUGGGCCACAUUGAGAGCUCCACUAAGUCCCGUGAGCCGCAUUGAUACCUCUACUGAGCUCUGCGGACCAUGGCUUGUGAUGAAAAAAAAGCUUGUUCUAUAAAUGACGAUUUAGUUGUGUUAUGAGCUUUCUGAGGAAAACAACUGAUACAAUAAAUCUAGCAGUAGCCUCGUGUUUGAAUAAUUUACUAAAUUUAACAUUUUUUAAAAUUUUAUCAUAUAAUAAAAGAAACAUUUGUGGGUUAGAUUGGAGGUAUUUGCAGGCCCGUGAACUGUACUUUGUAGAGCCCUGCUCUACAACAUUUUAAAGUAAUAAUUUGUACAGUAAAGUGUUUGUCAAGGAAGAAAGUGAUGUCAAAUAAUAGGUCUGAGAAGAGAGUAAAAUUUUUACCUUGGAAAGCAAAAUUUUGUUAUAAAAAGUUUGAGUGAUAUCCAGGAAAAUGCCAAAAGAAUGUUUUUCCAUUUUAAACUUCUGAAAUUAUAAUCAACCAAUCGAUGGCAUUGCUGUGUGGUGAAAUGAUGUUUUCUGAAGACAAACCGAUUAUUUGGAAUAGCUUUAAGAAUUUUGAGAAAAUUCAGAUGAUGAAGAUUUUUUUCAAAAAGGAUGGAAGUAAACUUAUACAGAGAUAAGAAUAAACCCAGCAUAUAUAAGAGGGAAAGAGAAAUAGAUAAAGAUGAAGGAAAAAAUGAUUUUAACUAGUAUUCUAAUUUGAAUACAUUUUGGGACUUAAAAUUUAAUACUAUAAAAAACUAAAUAGCCUAUUGUCUCACCCUUUCAACUAUAUGGGCUUUAUCCCAGACCAGGGGAUUAAUAUCAGAGUUAAAAGCAACAUGACGCGAACUCGUAUUUUUUUUAUCAAGUUAUAAUUUCAGUUUAUCACAUGCAUUAUCCCGUUUGGUCACCCCAAUCCUAUUGUCUCACUUUAUAGCGCAAUCAAAAGUUCGGUAAUCAUAUUCACCUAUUUUAAUCUUAAAUUAUUGAAUUUAACUAACAUCUAACCCAGAUGUUCCCUACUUCGUUGCGGUGAUAGAAUAAUUCCAUUAAUAGUAGGGAAAUUGCAGACACCACCACUGGUAGUAAGUUGAUAAUAUUAAUAUGAUUCUUUUGAAGUACUAUAAAUUUAAUAAAGGUUUUAUUUUUGAAAAAAAAAGUGUAACAAGGUAAUGAACAAUUGAUUUUAUAAAUAAAAAUAAAGAUUUCUCUAUUGAUGAAAAUCACCCAAUAUAACAUCACAAAAUCAAUGAUUUUAAUGCAAUAUUUGAGCUUAAUGAGGUAUUCUUAAAUCUGCAGUAUUUGGUUUCAUAUGGGAGAAUGUUACUCUCCUUUUAUCUUCCACAUUACGUAGGUGUAUAUUUGUUUCCCUUUCAAUAGUUUUUAAGCUAGAAAACAUUGAAAAACCUUGCUCACAUAGAUAUGCAGUUGAAAGAGUAAUGUUAAGUGCCUAUCUGGAAAGAGUUGGAUGUUACUCUUAAUUUUCCUCUAUUAAUGAAAUCUUUUUUAAGGAUUAAUAAGUUAUUAUUUAAUUUAUAGAAUCAUUCAAGAGAGAAUGGGAAAAACAUGUAAUUUGAUUUUAACAAUAGGGUAUAUUUGAUUAAUUUGAUGGCAAUAAAAGAUAUUUCAUAUUUUUUAUUAAUUAAUAAUAAUAUACAUAAAUAUUUAUAUACAUGUAACCGAUCAAUUUCACGUACCCUAUU